AUGACUGAAGUCCAAAAAGAAGUACGACAAGAGGAGUUCGAUGCAGUUCACGCCUACUUCAUCGGGCCCAAGGGCUCCAACCUGCCCGACUUCCGAGCCAACAUCAACACGAUCCUCGAUGAACUCCUCGCCGCACGUCAAAGCUACUACCCUCAGGACCAGGCCUUCAUCUCUAAAGAAUAUCGUCGCUCCCCAGUAUUCCUCAAAGCCCGCUCCGAUCUCCGUCUCGCAACUGAAAAGGUAGCACAGCUUCUCGGCGAGCACUCGGCACCGUUCUGGUCCCCUCGCUAUGAGGCCCACAUGUGCACUGACUUGACCAUGUCAUCCCUGCUUGGGUACUUCAUGACUAUGCUGUACAACCCCAACAAUGUCGCUCUCGAGGCUAGUCCUAUGACGACUCUUGUGGAGUUGAGGGUUGGACAGCAGCUUUGCAAGUUGUUUGGGUACAAUAUCGAUGCGCAAAAGAGUCCUCUUUCUUGGGGACAUAUUACCUGCGAUGGAUCGAUUGCCAAUUUGGAGUCUAUCUGGGUUGAUCUCCAAGGAUGGGAUCUUCUCAACCUCCGCCCCGAGGUCAUCCUUGAUCUUCCCGAUCAACUCAACAAACAGUUUGGUAUCACGAGCAAGUUUCUUGAGAGUGCACUCAAUGAGUUCAACAUCCAGACCAUCGGUCGUGAGGUCCUUGAGAGGGAGUUCAAGGUCAAGGAACCGAUCAAGUACUUUGUGAGCAAGACUCGACAUUACUCAUGGCCCAAGGGUGUUGCAAUUGCUGGCCUUGGCUCCGGCAACGUCGUCGGAGUAGACGUCAACAACAGUGCUCAAAUGGACAUCAAGCUCCUUGAAGAACAUCUCCACAAAUGCGUCGAGACCAAAACCGCCGUCUUCGCAGUCGUGGCCAUCAUUGGCUCCACCGAAGAAGGUGCCGUCGACAGGCUCACCGAAGUCCUGCAACUGCGAAAGAAAUUCCAAGACGAGCACGGCUUGUCGUUCCUUGUACAUGCCGAUGCAGCUUGGGGUGGUUACUUUGCCACAAUGUUGAACCCCGACAGACGUUACAGUGUGGAGGAGCAGACUGACACAAAGCCUGAGCCGGAGUGGUACUUGGAUCCCAAGACGGUCGAGGACAUCAAGGCCAUGGCGGAGGCGGACUCGAUCACGGUUGAUCCGCACAAGGCGGGUUACAUCCCGUAUCCCGCGGGUAGCUUGGUGUAUCGUGAUGGGAGAAUGAGACACCUUGUUACAUGGUCGGGUCCGUACCUUUCGCAAGGGUCGGCAGAGAAUAUUGGCGUUUAUGGUGUCGAGGGAAGGCAACCCGGUGCUGCAGCCAUGUCAGCAUGGUUCUCCAACCAAACCAUCGGUCUUCACCACCAAGGCUACGGCAAACUACUUGGUGAAGCAACCUUUACAAGCGCAAGGAUCUCAGCUCACUACGCAACCAUGGACAACGAAUACUUUAUGUGCAUCCCCUUCAAUAUGCUUCCAUCCGAGAAUCACGGCAACAAAAAGUUCCUCUCCACAUCUGUCAUGAACGAGCGCAAGAAGAUCCGCGACCUCAUCAUCGGGAAGACCGACACCGAGAUCUUCGAGUCAAAGGAAGCCAUGAAGAUCAUUCGUGACUUGGGCUCUGAUACCAACAUCAACUGCUUCACCUUCAAUUGGAAGGACAAGGAUGGCAUUUUAAACACUGAUCUUGAAGAGGCGAAUUACCUCAUGAAAAGAGUCGUUGAUAGACUUUCCAUCACUUCUCCCAACACUGAUCCUUCUACUAUUCCUAUCUAUCUCACCUCAACUCAAUUCCUACCUGAGGACUAUGGUAAAUGUGCGCACAAGUUCAUGGAGAGAAUGGGCGUUCACAAAUCAGACCAAAGUCUCUUUGUCAUCCGCAACGUCGUCAUGAGUCCUUUCCCUACAAAGAAGGACUUCAUCUCCACCAUCAUGCAUGACUUGGAGAACGUCGUCAUAGAAGAGGUCAAGAAGUGCAGAGAGAGGAAUGACCCCGGAGCCAAGAAACUGCAGUUCCUUGUGCAAGGGUCACCGAAUGCACCCGAGGUGUAUCUUGUGUUCCAAGCUUCGUUCCACAGCGUUACUCGAAGACAGCAGGUUAUUCUAUCUGCCGAGCUGGACGGCACCCUGACAAAGUUCUACCAGAAGAGCCUUGAGGACAGUCAUGAUACUGUCCUUAUGCUGGAGACGACUGACGAGCUGUUUGUUGUCGAUGUCAUCAGCGGUAUUCCAGACGGAACCCAGCUGACUGUUACCUUGUAUGAGAAUGGUUUGCAGUAUGUAUCCCUCCCCUCAUUCAGAUCUGUGUUAACCAUUUUCAGGGAUUAUGAGAAGGCGCAAGGCGUCAUCACUCUCAAGUCCAUGAUCAAGAGUCGUCCACUCAACUCGAUCAAUCGUGACAUCGAUUAUCCUGACGAGUUCAUGCCCUUCUACCUCUACGGUUCAGAAGACGAACUUCACAUCACCCACGCCUUGGUCAAGUCCCCUAACAUUUCCCUCUCUGCCAGCAAUGUCACCUUCACCCCACCACUCCCAUCCUCAGUCACUGGCAACCUCUCCCAGGGUUUAAUACUCGGCCUCGUUGAAAUCCCCGAAGCCUCGAUGCAACCAUUCGCCGAGCGAAACAAGGAUCUAGGCGAAGACUUUUUCUUCUCCAGUAAAAAGGAAUUCAAGGUUUCUGUCUGGAAAGACCCCAAGGCUAGUGAUGCCGAGGGUCCAGAUUUACUCAAAGACCUCGAUGAUGAAUUAUAUGAAGGUAAAAUGACGCUUGGCGAGAAUGUCUUUGUGGACGCUGAGGGACCGAACGAGGACCAGUUGAAGGAUAUCAAGGUUGAGUCAGACGCUUGGCAGAGAAAGUUGGAUGAGAUUGGAAGCGUUUUGGAUGGAACACACACUUGUAAGGAUUAG